UUCGUGCCGCGGACUCAAUGUCUGCACUGUUUGGGGACUCUCGAGUGAGUCCCGGAGUGUCUGCGCCUUGGGACUGGAGGUCCCUUUCCCCCUCGUGCGUACCGGUGUUGGUGGUGGGGGGCCACCAUGCAUUGCGAAGUGGCCGAGGCACUUUCGGACAAGAGGCCCAAGGAAGUGCCGGGCGUGACCGGUCCGGGCCGUGGACCCUCGGGCCUCGGAGCGCACCACAUGGCCUUCAGGAUCGCGGUCAGCGGCUGUGGUGGCUGCGGGGACGGGGACCCGCGGGAUCUGCUGCCUCGGCCGUCGCUGCCACCGCCUCCGCCGCCGCCUCCUCCUCCGCAGCGCGCCCACGACCACCACCUCCUCCUCCUCCGGCCCCGGAGCCCUCGAGACUAUGGCACGUCCAAGGCUGCAGCGAUCGUGGGCAAAGUGAACGGAAGUUAUGACCACUGCCCGGAGAAAAGCCUGCUGGACCUGGACCUGGCCGAGAGUCCCAGCCCUUCUUGCCACCAGGGCCUGUUUCUCCCUGCGGGGACCCCACCGUCCCACGGUCACGCCCUGACCUGCGAGAGGCUGCUACACUUCCCCCACCCUACCAGGUCACCCAGACCCCAGGCUACCUAUGUGAACGGUGGCCUCUCGACCACACAGCACAUCAAGCAGGAGGCCUUGCCCGACUAUCAGGCCAUGGUUGGCACCCACUCGCCCCUGCCCACGCACUGCCGGGCUCCACCCACCACCAGCCUGCAUGCAGACCUGGACCUCCUGGGCCGAGGCCUCACCAAUCCCGCGUCUUCUUGCUACCUACUGGCCAGUGAGCCCAAGGCAGGCCCGGGUCCACAGCCCGAGGCUCUCCUCCCCAAGGGUGACCUGAAGUGUUGCUCGCUCAUGGAGUUGGCUCUGACUUCCUCGGCCUCUUCCUCCUCUUCCUCCUCCUCCUCCUCCUCCACACCGUGCAUCAGCUCUGAUGUCACCUCUGACAUCCACUCCUCCCAGAAGCCUCUAGUCAGCUGCGUCAAUGGACUUCGGAGCCCCACUCUCCCGGGAGAUCUGGGGGGCCCUCCCAAGCGGGCUCAGCCCGGCCCCGCGUGCAGCGAUGGUCACAACGAAGGUAGCUUGGAGCUCGAAGCGUGCCGGAAGGUGGGCUUCCUGAAGCAGGAGCCUGCAGAUGACUUCUCGGAGAUCUUCCCACCCGACCAGCAGGGUCUGCCGCCUCCUUACCACUUGGCCCAGUUGCCCACCGGCCUGGGCCUUGGAGGCCUGGGGCUCGGCCUGGCCGGCUCGGUGGCGGCCGCGGGGCGGCAGGCUUGCCGUUGGGUGGACUGCUGCGCCGCUUACGAGCAGCAGGAGGAGCUGGUGCGGCACAUCGAGAAGAGCCACAUCGACCAGCGGAAGGGGGAGGACUUCACCUGCUUCUGGGCGGGCUGCGUGCGCCGCUACAAGCCCUUCAACGCGCGCUACAAGCUGCUCAUCCACAUGCGCGUGCACUCCGGCGAGAAACCCAACAAGUGCAUGUUUGAAGGCUGCAGCAAAGCCUUCUCGCGGCUGGAAAACCUCAAGAUCCACCUGCGGAGCCACACGGGCGAAAAGCCAUACUUGUGCCAACACCCAGGGUGCCAAAAGGCCUUCAGCAACUCCAGUGAUCGCGCCAAGCACCAGCGCACCCACCUGGACACGAAGCCGUAUGCCUGUCAGAUCCCCGGAUGCUCCAAGCGCUACACGGACCCCAGCUCGCUCCGCAAACACGUGAAGGCCCACUCAGCCAAAGAGCAGCAGGUGCGUAGGAAGCUGCACCCCGGCACUGAUGCUGAGGCCGUCGUCCUGUCUGACUGUCUGCCGCUGCACCAGCUCCACGCGUCCUCGGCGGCGCCGGCCACCUGCAGCGAGAAGGACAGCCACCGCCUGGGUCAGGAGCUGCUCCCCGGUGUGUAUCCUGGCUCCAUCACUCCCCAAAACGGACUUUCCUCAGGCAUGCUGCCCUCCGCGCAUGAUGUCCCUUCCAGACACCACUCAUUGGACCCCACUGCCAGUUCCCAUCACCACCUGUCUCCUCUGCUCACGGCUGACAACUCCAGGAGCAGCCUGGGACCUGGCGUCCUCUCGCCCAUGGUCAGCCCGCCGAAGGGGCUCAGGCCUCCACCACUGCCGCCGUCGUCACAGAGCCAGACUCCGGGGAGCCAGCCUUUCUCCCUGAUCCCUAACAAACCAGCCUACCCAUCCUUCCAGAGCCCUCCACCGUUGUCCAGCCUCCAAGGCUACCAGGGCAGUUUUCACUCCAUCCAGAACUGCUUGCCCUACGGCAGUGACUGCUACCGGACUGCCGAGCCAGCAGCCGCUGGGGACGGACUGGCAGCGGAUGCCCACGCCUUCAACCCCCUGAGGCACAACGGCUACCCACGCCUCGGCGCGUCUUUACCUGCCCCGGGCUACGAAGACCCGUGUCCCACGGCACUGGCACCCCAGCCGUCAGAAGACCUGGCACCCAGCGGCCCCGAGGACUGCGGCUUCUUCCCCAGUGGGGCCUUUGACCACUGCCUGAGUCACAUCCCCUCCAUCUACACGGACACCUGAAGGAGGCUGCUACGCCUCCCUGCCCGGUUCACAGACAAGGCCUCACGUACUUGCCACGGGCUCCCAUGCUUCCUUGUGUGCCAGGCAGGGCUGGCCAAAGACCCCUGUCCUGGCCAGGGAUGGCUGUGUGAGCUCAGACGUGCCUGCCAGGGACCGCGGCCCCGUGACAGUCCCUCCGUUGUCUCUUCCUUUCUUUGCCUAUGGUUUUCAAAUCACAGACCUCGUGUAUUAUAAAAUGUACAGAACUUGUUUUCCA